UAUUUGUUGUCAGUUAAAUCCUAAGAAAAGCAAAAUCAACAAGGUCAUUUUAACUUGAACUCGGUUCAUUCUGAUUUUUAGGAAACUAGGUUCAUACUGUAAAGGAAAGCUCUCCCUUCUUGUCUUUUUAAGGCCCAACACUUUGGGUGGAGCUCAUUAUAUUUACUGUAGUGUUUAGGCAGAGGAAUAAUCGACUUCAUGGUUCACCACAACCUGCCUGACUGAGAAGGAAUUAUAAUCCCUGAUUAGAUUAAAUUAAGCGGGUUAAAAUAUGAAGCAGAUGCGCUUCAAGUGCAGUGUAAGUGUUUUAGAACAAAUAUUGAGCAAAUAUCCUGGAAUGGACAGGUUUUGUUAACAUGUCAAAGUUUAUAGCCUGCAUGGUGUACUCUCCUCUGGUAUUCACCCCCAACCAGGACAGCAGGACCCUUUAAUACCAACAUAAACUAAUCUGCUUAGUGGACCCACCUGGUCAACAAACCCACAUUAUCCUGGGAAAAGAAAUCGCGUCUCAGCGGAAAAACCACUGUCUUUUCAAAUUGUUCCAUGAGCCCAAUGAGGCAAAGGGCUGAAUGUGCUUAAUCUUUCCAUUUGUGGGCACAGUGAGGAUCAGCUGUGGUUUGUCUGGGCUCCGCACUGUUUAAGCACACAGGAAAGGCUGGGUCUGAGUCGUUCGUUUGCUUGUGUGACAUGAUAUCUAACGAAACCAGGUUUUACAGCUUGGAAUAGGUCUGGUUUCAUCCAGUUGAUUUUCCCUGCCUUCCUCUUCUACCCUCUCCCCAGGCGAUUUCUGCUGUUUAUCCGCAUUUAAAGGAUUACUCAGGGGCUUAGGGCACCAAGCACAUGACUUGCUGUCUGUUAACCAGGGACUUGUGUCGGGUGGGAACUUGGUGGUUUAAACGGGAGAGCCUCUGCACGAGCUUGGGAUUGGGACACACUUAAAGGGAGAUGGAAACAAAGCCUGUGUUUAUUUGUCAGUAUAUUCGUGUCUCUGCAGUUGGAAAGUGAAGGAUCAUAAGAAAUGCCAGCUUCCUUGGCAUAUGUUUAGCUCAAGAUUGCUUGCUAGCACCAAAUGACGAUCUUCCGAUUAAUAUGAAGGAGCUGGGAGAGAGGUAAAGUCUCAGUUUCAGUCAUCAUUUCCUUUGCCUGUUUAUGUUUGGGUGAAUACAUCCACAGAGGGGACCUAGUUCAGAGAAGAUUGGUUGGCAAGUCAAUGGUGAAUCACAAGUGGUGCCUGCUCUUUGUGAUCUUGUGGCUCAAGGUGAGAACGGAAGUUAAUGAGUCAAGUAAGGGAGAGGGGAACGAUUAAAGAAGGCUCUGCUGUUAGAUUGGCAGCCAACGAUGAACUGAAACCGCAGCCCGACGGACAUUCGCCAUGAGGAUGGGGCCACUCCUGCUGCUGCUGGGGUCCUUUCCGGGGGUGUUCGUACAGGUGCCAGCGCAGGAGGCAGAGGAGGAGGAGGAAGGGAGCAGCGGCCUGGCGCUGUUGGAGCCCGACACCUACUGGUCGGGCACAGCCCCCCUGUGCCUGGGGGGCUGCCGGGGGAAGCACAAGGAGCUGAAGAGAGACCGCUGCGGGGACGGCAGCUGCUGCUGGCUGGGGUCCAAGUCCCUGUGCCGAGUGAACUGUGGGAAACCCGACGCCGACUUCAACGCGCUGGUGUUCGGGAACGACUGGUGGGUGGGUUCCGUGGUGAGGUACGCCUGCCGGCCCGGCUUCCUGCUGGUCGGAGACCCUGCCCGCGCCUGCCAGUCGGACGGGAAGUGGACCCCCAAGCCAGCUUGCAUGCGGGUCUGUCUCCGGGGGCGGCUGGAGAUCAACGAGAAGGACAUCGACGGCAGCUGCUCCUCCACCUGCUCGGCCAAGACGCACCUCGGCCCUCUCCACCACGGCUGCGUCAAGAUCGACAACUGCGUCACCAAGCAGUCGGGCUGGAAGCGCUGGUUCGUGCGCUGCGACUACUGCGAGUGCGACUGCUUCACGCCCUGUGCUUUGUCUGGUUAAGACAAGAGCCUCACUCCUUCCUCCAGGAAGAGUGUCUUUUAAUGACGGAAUUGCAGAGAACCUUCACCCUCAUCAAGCACGACAGCGGACAGUUGGAUCGACCAGGGCUUCCUCGCUAGACACCAGUUUCCUCCAGCGGCUCGGGUUCACGUUGCCCCUCUUUAAGAGCAGAGGGGUUUUUUGGGGUGGUUUUUUAGCAGCCAGGACCAGCUUGCAGGCCCGCUCGUCUCUGCUCGAGUGAGGAGAGACCGGAGCCGCGCGCAGAGAUAGAGUUGAGAUCACACUGUGGCACUGCAGGGGGGAGACGCGGGAGCAAAACAAAAAAAACUCUUGACACGUGUCCUGGACCUUGCUGAACACCCCCCUGGAUUGUCAACAGCUCUGGACUCACGCAGGACUGCGGCAUCUUCCGAAACCACGUUUGCAGGUUUGCUGCUGAAAUGUAAAGACCUCGUCUGACAGAAUAGCGGGGAGGGGUUUCGUCUUUGCACAGCACUCCUCGGAAGUGGAACGCGACAUGAAAGCAUGUCUCCUGGAAGCCCCAAAGUGACUGGGAAGCAGAAGGUUUGGCGUGCCAGGGAGGGAAGAGAGCGGAGCCUUGUCUGUCCGAUCUCGACCGGAUUAGGGAUCUGCUUUCAGCCCACCUGUUGCCUCCGUCUGCUCCAGACGAGCAGUGUGAGGAGCUCAGGUCCUAAUCGCAUUAUUACUCGGUAUUUCUCAGCGAGUGGUGGGGGGUUGGCUAAGUCGGUCCGAUGUCCUUCGCCCUACAAGACUGACGCACCCUUCCCAGCACCGCCUAAGACUGACUCAUCCCGUUCCGUUACUGGGGGCUUCAGGGGAUGUCGUAAAGACAUGGGACAGUGUGGGACGCUGCUUUUUUUUCUUCUCCAAGCUCUGGAUAUCUGCAUGUUUAAUAGGGGAUAGAAGACAUUAUUUGUACCUCCAUGGGAGAACUAAAAUGUGUCUGUUUUCUGCAUCAGUCUCCUGUGAUGGACUGGGGUAGCAGGGUUGAAAAAUAUUGCUGUGUUUGGUGUUCAAAUCUGGUCUUGAUUCCUUAACAAAGGUGCAGCUGUAGAUUGUUUUGCUAUCCUGCCAAAUGCUUUCUUUGAUGGCAUGUGGUUAGAUGUUAUUACUGACCAUAAACAAGCCUUUUCUGUAUUCAAACCCUUCUCCAUUACCUCUUAAUGUCUUGGUUAUAUAUACAGUAGGCAGCCCUCCUAUAUUAUACUGUAGUGAGCACUCCCUUUUUCUACUUGUUUCACAAUACUUCCACUCACUUGGUAUCAAUAUCAACUUCCUUUUACAUCAGACCCUCCAUUAUCCAAAACCAUACUACCAGGUAGAUGGGUCUGCAUCUGCUUAAAUAGUGUGCUUAGUGUUUUGUCACAGUUGUCUCCCUGUUACGGAUCCUCUUUUUAAAUUUGCCUGGCUGUGAAUGUUUUCUGUCAGAUGUUUAGAAGAAGAAUAAAGUCCAAACUUUGCAAUGCAUUUAAUCGAUUUAUUUCAAGGGUGUUUUUUAAGUCGUGACAGGCACUGUCAUGAGAAUCCUACACGUGCAGCAGCCAUCAGAAGGAUGAGAGAAAGCUUCUUGUGGCCAGUUCUGGUAUUGCAUCCCUCUGGGUUUUCCUGGAGUUAGUACGAGGUGAACCUCAGAAUAAUGUGGUCAUUAUUUUGUACAACAUAGCAGCCUAUUCCCGCAGACCAAACCAGAGAUAGCAGUAUAGGAACAAAUCCUUUAGCAUU